AUGGAAACGGUACGACUGCGAAAGCUCUCUCAAAUACAAGAACGGGUUGUUAGAGCCUGUGAUUCUUGUCGGAUUAAGAAGACAAAAUGUAACGGGUUAAAACCAUGCUCUAGAUGUAUACAAGAUAAUAAGAUUUGCGUGUUUUCUGAGAAGAAGAAGCUGAAAGAAAAGACUCAUCCAAGUGGAUAUGUGGAAUUGUUAGAAACCCGUUUGGAUUUGGUGACAAAAGCAUUGGAGAAGGUUGUUUUAUUAGCAAGACCCUCGGUUUCCUUCCUUGACGAAAUGGUUACAGCUUAUCAGGAGCAAUGGGAAGAUGGAGCACGUAUAGCAGCUUCGGUCGAUUUAGCAGACAAAUCCAGUAUUUUAUCGGCUUCAAAGGAGUUUGCCCAACAUCGUCUGGAUCAUACAUAUAUUAACAGACACCAGGAAAGCUCUCCCCUGCCCUCAUCUGUUAAAGUUGAGGAGGAGGAAAAUCAUUUUAUUGAUACACCCGUACACCAGAAUGCUCUGUUUCGACAACCACGAGAAGAGACAGCAGCAGUAUCAGCAUCUAGCUUGACGGAACAGCUUAGUUGCUUGGAUAACAACUUUACACUUGGAGGGUUUUCUUCGGGAAGGUAUAAAUUAUCCACUGGUAUGUCUGCCAAUGACGGUAGUACGAGCACAGCCAAUGAACAAUUUUCAAACUUAAUAAAUGGUGGGAUUAACAGUACCACAACUAGUCCCUCUAUGGCUAACUUCCAUAAUGAUUAUACGAAUUAUCUGGAUGUGGACUCAGAUUCCAACUCCACUUAUUCCAAUAAUAUGAUGAGCCUAAAUAUCAACUCAUCAUCUUCUGUGCCAACAUCAACUGGACCAUUGACAACUUCUCUUUUCGAUCCAAACUUCCAUAAGGAGACUGGAGGCUCCAAAAAGUCUAUUUCCUUAUUCAUUUCAUCUAAACAUAUGGACUCUAAUCAGUUGACACUUAAUCAUCAGAAUUCGAAUGGGUCGCUCUCUUCGCUUACAUAUCGGUUUGAAACUCAUGGUUUAGAGUCGCCUGGAUCCGCCACAUCACCACAGAAUGGUUCCAAUGAUCAGUUUGUAUCGUCUUCUGAGGCUGCAAAUACAAAGCGAAGUCUGUCUUUGUCAAGAGCUUCUUCAAUCCAUAAAUUGAAGUCAAAUGGACACAUUCAAAAGGCUGGACAUGCCAACAAUAAUCAUGCAACAGUUCAGAGACGUUUAAGUAAUGUAUUUUCUGCUCACCAACAACACCUGCAGCAGCAGCAACCAACCUCAAACGGGAGUCAGAAUUUAUUUAGUUCUGGCGCAUCCUCCACUGAAUCUUCAACACCCAACGCGCAAUAUAUGUUACCAGGAACCACAGCUAGUACACCAGUUUCGAUCCUGAAUCCUGAUUCAGCUAAGACAAGUGAAGGGCUCUUGAAUGGAGUAUUGAAUGAUUUUGAUAACGAAUUAUCAACAUUUACAAGCUUACCAAGUGAUGCCUUAAAAGUAAACGGAGGUAACCAGCUUUAUAUUCCUUCAAGUUUGGAAGUACGAAAUACCCCAUAUGGAAUGAAUGGACUUGACGUAAUGGAAGGCGAGGGUUUUGAUCUGUUCCUCAGUGGAUUUACUGGGCUGUGCACUCAAUGA